AUGUUCAAGCGUCUCGUCACCGUCGCUCCUCGCGUCGGCGCUGUCGCGCCCCGUACUCUUGCACCCCUCUCAGGUCUGCAGGCCGUUCAACCUAUCCAACGCCGUACCCCAACUGCCGCCCCUGUUCAGCGCCGUGGAUACCACGAGAAGGUCCUGGACCACUACAACAACCCCCGAAACGUCGGUUCCUUCAAGAAGGGCGACCAGGACGUCGGUACCGGUCUCGUUGGUGCCCCCGCCUGUGGCGAUGUCAUGAAGCUUCAGAUCCGUGUGAACAAGGACUCCGGUCGCAUCGAUGACGUUGUCUUCAAGACUUUUGGUUGUGGUAGUGCCAUCGCUUCAUCAAGCUACCUUACCGAGCUUGUCCGCGGCAUGACUCUUGAUGAGGCUGGCAAGAUUAAGAACACUGAUGUGGCGAAGGAGCUCUGUCUCCCUCCCGUUAAGCUGCACUGCUCCAUGCUUGCUGAGGAUGCUAUCAAGUCCGCCAUCACCGAUUACUACACAAAGAACCCCAAGGCCAAGGCUACCGAUCUCUCCGGUACAGGUGCAGCUAUCCCUGAUGUUAAGGUUGAGCACACUCCCGCUGCUGCUCUAUAA